CCAAAUAAAAGAGGCCCAAAAACAAACAUUGAAAACCCUCUUGAUUUCAAUUUCAAUCACACUGAAUUCCCUAAAACCUCAUUCAUCUUCAACGAGCAAACAAGCAAGUGAAGGAGGAGAGAGAAAAUGGGGAGAAGAAUACUCAACGAUGCUCUUCGCACCAUUGUUAACGCUGAGAAGAGAAACAAAGCUACUGCUGAACUCCAACCCAUUUCUACGGUCAUGUGCUCCUUUCUCCACAUCAUGAAAAAUCGAGGGUAUAUCAAAGAUUUUCAAGUUCAUGAUCUGCAUAGAGUUGGAAAGGCAACUGUAGAACUUCUAGGACGGGUGAAUGACUGCAAAGCUCUCACUUAUAGACAGGACUUGAAAGCAAAGGAUGUUGAAAAGUACAGAAAGGAGACUCUCCCAACACGACAGUGGGGCUACGUUGUAAUUACAACUCCAAACGGUGUCCUGGACCAUGAAGAAGCCAUCAAACAGAAUGUGGGGGGUCAAGUUCUUGGUUAUUUUCAUUGAUUACAAACUUGAUAUGGCUUCUGUAGUCAAAUAUACUGGUGGAAAUGAUUGUGGGUAUGAGAUUGUAGCCCAUUUUUAACAAAGUUGCAUGAGACAAAAGUUUGAUCUACUCAAUAUCACAUCAUUUUCAUGUUUGAAGAUGCUACAUUAGGUCUUGGCCAAAUAUCAUGUAUUCUUCAUUGUGUCAUUUUCCCGGAUUAGUUUGGUGCAGAAAUUGAAGUCCUUUUGAUGUUCUACAGAAAUCCAUGUGAAAAGAAUUCCUAUGCCUACAGGGGCUUCAGCAAUUACUGUAUUAUCUUCUAGUGAAAACUUGAAAUCGAGUGGAAACUUGAAAUUUCGAGUGGUUAUUUGCUACUCCGUAUUAUUUGAAUAAGCACAUAAACUCCA